UCAGGCACACAAGGCACCUCUUGACGGGUUUUCAAUAAGUGAAGAGGGCGACGGUGGAAGGAUCCUUUUUUCUUUUUAAUUUAAAUUUUACGUGCGGUAGAUGCCGAAAUUGUAGUAUCUUGUGUACGCGUGAUAAAAGGUACAAUGUUGGAAGAGGUCUCGGCAGGACUUAGCGCCUGACGGUCUGUCGGUCGUUCCGGCAAAAAUGAAAGAAGCUCGUCGGUCCGAGCAGCUGAUGGCGGCCGAGUGCUGUUCGAGCCUCAGUGUCCCUCAUCGAAGCGUUUAAGUGAGUGUGUGCGUUUAGCUGCGCGAGCGGAGUGCGGCUACCGCGUGCGGAAGGAAGAUAAUUCUGUGGAAUAGAUUUCACGCGGCGAAACACCGUUUCUAAAGGAGUUACAAGCUAUUUCGUAACGGUGCUUGUUUCACGACUUGGUAUCCGACACGCAGGCACGGUACGGUAAGCCUGCCAGCCGUUCCACAGUCUCCCGGUGGCGUGAAUCAAAUAUUUGUUCGAACGGAGAAAAAUCGAACAAGUGAGCCACAGACCAAACGGCCGGUCGUGGUUUCAGGUAACGCAUAAUCCACAUACGAUCAAGAAAAAGACACGGUGCCGCUUGUGUGUUGCACAGUGUAGGUGGGAGAUUCGACGUACGACGGGGCGUGCGUUCGCGUGUGACAACGCCUAACAAGCGAUCGCGCCCCUUUUCUCGACCGAUACAAGAACCACCUCUGGCAAUUGUUCAACGAAUUUUUAUCGAACUGUGAACUUGAUGGAUCUCGUCGUUUGACAAACAUCCUCCGAUUAAAACACGUUCAGUUCUGUUACGCGGAAAAACUCGUGCUAUGCGCGCAUUACUAUCAAUUUUCACCCCUCUCUGCUUCAGGAACCUCUGAACCAUGAGUUCAUCUUCUUCGACACGGAAUGCGACCUCCUCAGGGUGGAUGCAAUCUUCUUUAGUCGCGUCCAACGCCGAAAAAGUGCAGCCGAGGCACGAAAGUGCCUCCAGCAUUUCACUUCCCUCCAGCUCUCAUAGUGCCUCUGCUAAUCCCAACAUGUCGUCAGCGACUUUUGUGGACCGGAUAGAUCCCUUUGCCAAGAGAUCUCUUAAGAAGAAAUCCAAAAAAUCACAGGGUUCAUCUCGUUAUCGUAACUCCCAAGAUGUUGAGCUACAACAAUUACCGCAGCUCAAAGAUGUUACACCGUCGGAACAGGAAGAACUGUUCAUCCGAAAACUCCGGCAAUGUUGUGUGACUUUUGAUUUUAUGGAUCCGAUGGCGGAUCUUAAAGGCAAAGAAAUUAAACGUAGUACACUCAAUGAAUUAGUCGAAUACAUCACAGCUGGUCGAGGCGUCCUUACAGAGCCUGUAUAUCCCGAAAUCAUUAAAAUGAUUUCUGCAAAUCUGUUUCGCACAUUACCACCUAGUGAAACUCCCGAUUUUGAUCCAGAAGAGGAUGACCCGACAUUGGAGGCGAGUUGGCCUCAUUUGCAAUUGGUUUAUGAAUUCUUUUUACGCUUUCUUGAAUCUUCAGAUUUUCAACCUACGAUUGGCAAAAAAGUUAUUGACCAAAAAUUUGUUUUACAGUUACUGGAGUUAUUUGAUUCUGAGGAUCCUAGGGAAAGGGAUUUUUUGAAAACUGUUUUGCAUCGUAUUUAUGGGAAGUUCCUUGGUCUUAGAGCCUUUAUACGCAAACAAAUCAGUAACAUUUUCUUGAGGUUUGUAUAUGAAACUGAGCAUUUCAAUGGAGUUGGUGAACUUCUUGAAAUUUUGGGUAGCAUUAUAAAUGGUUUUGCUCUUCCUUUAAAAGUUGAGCACAAACAGUUCUUAGUUAAGGUGCUGUUACCACUACAUAAAGUAAAGUGCUUAUCGUUAUAUCAUGCACAGUUAGCUUAUUGUGUGGUACAAUUUCUUGAAAAGGAUGCAACCCUAACAGAGCCUGUUAUACGAGGCCUCCUGAAAUUCUGGCCUAAAACAUGUAGCCAGAAGGAGGUAAUGUUCCUUGGUGAAAUUGAAGAGAUCUUGGACGUGAUAGAACCUAGCCAAUUUGUUAAAAUACAAGAACCCUUAUUCAGGCAAAUUGCACGUUGUGUCUCUUCGCCACACUUUCAGGUUGCAGAAAGAGCACUGUACUUUUGGAAUAAUGAAUAUAUAAUGUCUCUAAUUGAAGAAAACAAUCAUGUAAUAAUGGGAAUUAUGUUCCCGGCAUUGUAUAGAAUUAGCAAGGAACAUUGGAAUCAGACGAUCGUAGCCCUUGUUUAUAACGUUUUAAAAACAUUUAUGGAAAUGAAUAGCAAGCUCUUUGAUGAACUUACUGCCAGCUAUAAGUCUGAAAGGCAAAAAGAAAAGAAGAGAGAAAAGGAAAGGGACGAAUUGUGGAGAAAACUGACUGAAUUGGAGGUAGAACGACGUAAUGCGCUUACUGCUACCUUCAACAAUCCAGUUCCUGCCACAACAACACCUACGACACGAGCCCGCCCUUGAGCUGGUGGAAAUUCGCUCCCAAAUUACCCAAUCAUUAGCCCUUAGUUUACGUCGAUUGUCCAUACACUACAUGCAAAAAUUACUGUUGUUAGUGGAGCAAAGUGUCUCACAAUGGCAUUCUUGACGUAAUGUAAUUUUUUUCAUUAGUUACUAGCCUAACGGGCGAAGUGGAGAAGAGAAAAAUGAAAGAAUCAGUAAUCACAAUUUUAUUCUUCUUCGAUGCAAUGAUUGAUGAGUUCUAAUAUUUUUAUUGUGUACAUUAAUUUCUACUUUUCUUUUUUCCUUUUUCUUUAAUAGCAAUGAUUUAAGUUGUACAAUGUACUCAGUGUCAGCACAUAAUACGACGAUGUUUUAGUCCCUUCUGAACUAAGGUGUAGCUGCGCUCGGUGGGAGGAGACGAUCAAGAUGUAAAUUCAAAUAGAUAAAAUAUAUUGUUAUAAUAUUGAUUUUUGCAUGUGACAUUUGCUUCAGUUUCUAAAUGGCUAAUGUCCUCUCAUGACUGACCCACCUUACUCUGAUUCUCACCUCCAACAGAGCCAGCAGGGACGUUGUUUGAAAUGUAUCAUAUAUUCGUAUUAAUGAUAAUGAUAACUAUAACAAAACAUAAUAAAAUUAGGUAAAUAUAUAAAUAUAUAUAAAUAUAUAUAUAUAAUACAAUAUAUUAUAAAAAUAUAGUACUAUUGAUGAUACAAAUUACACAUUUACACAUACACGAAUACACCGAACUGUGGUAAAUACGUGUAACGUACAGACCGAUGUGCUACAAAUACUAACAUUGUGCUGACUGCAUGCCCGCAGCAAACGGAAUAAAUUUUUUCAAAGAAAGAGAGCCGUGAUGAUAUGCUCGUCGCAUAUCGGAAAUAAUAUUAUUGAAUAAUAAGGUUCAAUUCAUUGAAACAAAAAACGUAAAAAAUAUAUGUUGUUUUUUAAAUAAAAAAUAAAUAAAAAAAAUAAAGAUGCGAGGGGCAAGUAUACAAUAAAAAAAUUUAAUUGUACCAAAAUAUCCAUUGCUUAUAAAUAUAAUAAAUAAUAGAGAUACAAUGCAUAAGAUUUAUUCGGAGCUGUGCUCCCACAGGCCACCGCAAAGACGUGGGAUCGUUUUUAAAGUUUCUUACCAUUGCAUAAUAAUAAUAAACAAUAGUAGCUCUUAAUAAAUAGAUGGUUAACAAAUGAGUGACAGCUUGCUCAUAUUUUCAUGAAGUAGCUGAGAAACACAUCUAACAUAUUUGUUAUGUUUUACUUUCCAUUCUUUUUAUGUCAAAUAUGUUUUACCUCAUCUCAUAGCAUACUUUGUUUACAUUGUACACUGUUUAUCUCCACUUCAUGAAAAUUAGUUCAAAAAUAAAUUGAAAUAAAUAAUUAUUGUAAAUGCUGUAAUGUGACUCAAAAAAAAAAAACAAUACGGAUAAAUUCAUAAGAGUUCUAUACGCAUAAAUAGACACUUUAUUAAACGAAUGUCUAAUUUAUUUCUACUCUCUAAUUUUCUUAAGCGCUGCUUGAUUAAACAUCAGUAACACCAUAGAUUACUAAAAUAUUUUGUCGUGGCCUAUUUUCUUUUUUCUUUCUUCCUUUUUUUUUUUUUUUUUUUGUUCCUUUUUAGAUAUGCAAGCAUUUCAUCUAUCUUUCCGACAGUAAUAAAGAAUUCUAAUAAUUAUUAUGUUUGGGCUAACUUAGUUUUUAGUACAUUUCCAAAUAUACUACAAUAAGGAAUUCUAACGAUAUAUUAAUAUUUUUUUAUAUCGUAGAAACUGCAUUUGUAUGACAGCAUAAUUACAAAAAUUGGAUACGAAACCAUUGCAAAUAAGUACUUCCAUACUUUGCGGCAGAAAAAAACAAAUAUAAUCAAAAGAUUAGAACAAUAGGAGAUCCUACGAUUACAAACGCGAGCUACACUGUGAUAGUCUAUCAUACAUAUUUAUCGUUACAACGCAAUCAUUAGCGAUUAUAUUAGUUUUCUUUCCUCGUGCAAAUUACAAAUGAACAACCUCAAUAUAUACGAUUAGUCCGAAUUAUAGCGGAUAUGAUUUCAUUGUAAAUAGACUUAAUAGGUAUAUACUUCAGAUACUCAUAUUAAUCACUGUUAGGAACAUAACAGUUGUACAGUUGAUUUUAGAAUGUAAAAAGAGUAACAUAAA